AUGGAUGAAAACACAGUAGGUUUUACAUCAAUUUCACCCGAAGGGAGAUUCUUAAUUGGUACCACAAGAGAUGAAAAAAAUGGUCCUUAUAUAUAUUCCAGUGGUUUUGUUGGCACAUUAAGUUGUUUAAAUAUCUGGUCUGUUGAACUAUCAUUCACAAGUAUCUAUUCGAUGUCCAGUGGCGCUAUGAACAUCAAUGGAGAUUGUCUGGCAUGGAGAUAUGUUCUUGGAAUGAUUGUUGGUAAUCUCACCAUAGUUCCAAAUACUAUUAUAUAUUAUCCAGGUAAGAAAGCGCUGUGACAAUUAGCCUACGAGAAGCGUUUAUUUGGGGUUGGGGCUGGAAUAAUAAACGCCUUCGUACAUAGCUUGUCAUGAUAAUACCGACCAUGAUUGUCUGAUUUGUGUUCACGUUAGAUAAAUUAAAUGCAAUGUAUCCCGCCGGGCAACAAAUGAAAAAUUGUUGCCUGCUCCGACCAGCUACGUACAUAAAUAAACAAAAUGGCGGCUGAAUCGCAAGUUUAUAAACUAUGAUUUUCCAAGUGUGUUUAAAAUAAAGAAUGUAAAGGAAAGAAAAAUACACAACAGGCAACAAGAUAUGCUGCAUGCUGAAACAGUUUAAGUUCAGUUUUUUUUUUAAUUUUAAACUCGUUUGCACAAUACUUUAUUGAGUUUUUGUCAUGAAAUAAUUGUUGUUUAAAUGUACUUGUUGAUUUUUCUUUUGUGGCUAUAUAACAAAACACUUUUAAAAUGUCUGUUCCCUCGGGAAAUAGUUAGUUUUGUUUCCCCUCAAAUCUCAAAGAAAAAAAAAAAUAUCAUUGCAUUGCAAGCGAUGUUACACACUGGAUCAUAAAAACACUUGCUAUACGAAAUUCAAGAUCACGUAUGAUAUUUUCAAUGUGCUGAUGGUUAGCCGGCACCAAAAUCAGCCAAAAUUGUGUCCGCGAUUUUUUAUGAACACGCGUUGGCCGCCAUUUUGGCAGUAAGUGUAAUUCACACAUUUUGGCAGUAAGCGCCAUUUUGGCAGUAAGUGACGUCACACGCGCGAAAAUCGCGGACACGAAAAUCAUAGGGAAAGAUACACAGUGAGACAUCUGGUAUGAUCUAUAAUCUAUGUCAGUGCUAAUAAUAUGUGACUUGUUUAAUUCACACGCUCUUUUUAUAUACAAAAGUGUCGUGAUCUGUUGGCUCGCGUCAUUUGAAAUUUAAUUAAACGGCACAUGAAUUACGUCAUUUCAAAAAUUAAUUAAAUUUCAAAUGACGCGAGCCAACAGAUCACGACACUUUUGUAUAUAAAAAGAGCGUGUGAAUUAAACAAGUCACAUAUUAUCAUAGGCUGCCCAAAAAUGCGUGUUGAAAUUUUUACCCUCGCGCGUGGCGCUCGGGCAUGCAUCGAGUCUACUCAGUUUAUUAUUAUGAUAAUAAUAAUAAACUGAGUAGACUCGAUGCAUGCCCGAGCGCCACGCGCGAGGGUAAAAAUUACAACACGCACUUUUGGGCAGCCUAUGAUAUUAUUAGCACUGAUAAAGAUCCGGGCUUACGGAUCGAAAGCUUUCGGCAGUAAUAAAUUUACGUGGUGUUUCCACAAACAAAACCAUUAUAAAAUAAAUGUAUUUUGCAAUACUUUUUUCGUGGCAAUUUGAUAAACAAGAACGGCAGAGAAAUAUCGCGGAAUUUAAAUUGUCUCGAAGAAAAUUCACGGAAUUUUCAUUUUGAGUCAUUCCGCACGGCUUUUUACAUUUACCAGUGCAUAUCUCUUUUAGGUUACAGCUUACUAGAACAAAGAUCAAAGUGGUGUAGCGAUCACAUGACGUCUUUAUCAUGUCCAACCGUGUAUGCUCGACUUGGAAUAGGAAACGAUCAGCGUAAAAUGUUGUGGAGAUGCUACUGUUCUGAAGCUUUAGUGCCAUCAAAAUAUUGUUACUCAAUUUUAAGUAAUAGUACAGCUUAUGAGACUAAACACAAUGAACUUGUGGCCAUUAAUUGA